UUAAAAUUUGGUUCAAUACAAAGUAGCCCCUCCUCCUUGGUUAGCAAAAAAUGGUUAGCGGUUCAAGCAACUUUCUUUCAAAUCCUCACCACCGAUCGAGUAGAAAAAGAAAGGCCAGUGGUCAACCGGUGGAUUAAAUCAAACUCCAAUUCAAUUUUUAUGGCCGCCAGAGAUUGAAAUGGGCACACAUUACUUAACGUGCCCCAGAGUGAACUACUAAAAUAUUACCUUAACGCGAAUUUAAAGAAGAGGAAGUUUUCCAUAUAAAAAACUGGUGCUUCCGAAAGUCGUCCUCAUCUAUUGAUCUUCCUAUCAGUUACGCACCAAAUCGUUCAUAUGUACUAAUUGCUAGGGUUCAAGAUACCUCAAUAUGGCGGCAGUUUCCAUCAAUAAGGAAAGGAAUCCCUACGUUUCUGCUAUGCAUUUAAACAAGUGAUCUAGAGUGUGUUAUUCUAUGCAAUUUUCUGCAGUGGACUUCUACAAGCAUUUUGUGAUUGUCUUUGGUACAGAAGGUUAAAGCUUUGCUCAGCUUAAGGUUUCCUUAAUUGUCUUUGUAGGGGCCGAUGAUAUGGCCUACGGACUCUCUGAACCAGAUACGGAAUGCUAUGUCUAUACUCAGUAGCUACAAGAUUAAAGUCGGCUCUGCAUCUGUGUCUGAUGCCAUCUCUACAAAGUACAGUGAUUUUACAGCCAACUGUAUGUCUAUUCAAGUGCAAAACCACAAGAGCUUAAUUCCUUGCUCAAGGUCCUAUGCAAUACUGUUGAGUUGCUACAAUAGUAUGACCUUAAAGCCAAUGCAUAAUACGAUCUCGGAUGCAGAGUCUUCCAUUCUUGAGAUAUCGAGGAAGCAUGGGAUGAUAACAACAUGAUCAUUAAGUGGGCAACCGCUAAGGAGAUGGAACACAGGCAACGCAAGACGCUACGUGGUCUUUCCACCUGUUCGUGAUAACUGUUUACAAGUAAAGCAACUUAUGUGUACAUAUGCACGUGAGUAAUAUAUUUGCUAUCUUUAUCACCUGGUUUCAAAAUUGCCGUGCUCUUCUUGUUCUCUGUGUGCUGUGAGAAAAGGAAAUGGUUUCCCUGUCUCGUGCUUCUGUUUCUGAGGAGAAACGCAACAAAACCCUUCUUGAAGUUGGGAUUGAGUUACUUCAGCAACCCCCAUCUUCUAAAGAGGAGCUUCUGGAGAAACUUGAUAAGUUAGAGCAUCUUUUGUCAAUGGUAGAGCAAAUUCCCCCUGCAUCGACGCGAGAUGCUUUUCGGCCUGCAAUGGAAGCACUAGUUGCAGAUGGACUUCUACGGCAUCUUGACAUAGAUGUAAAGGUGUCAGUUGCAUCUUGCAUCAGUGAGAUCAUGAGAAUUACAGCUCCAGAUCAACCAUAUGAUGAUAGCAGAAUUAAGGACUUUUUUGAGCUUGCAAUGUUAGCGUUUGGGAAAUUGUCUCGCUUGGAUGGUCACUGUUAUUCAAAGGCUGUCUCAAUUAUUGAAGUUCUGGCGAAGUACCGAACAUGCGUGCUGAUGUUGGAUCUCAAGUUAGAUGCAUUGAUUGUUCAGAUGUUUCAACUUUUUCUGAAUAGUAUAAGGCCGGACCACCCUGAUAAAGUAUUCAUGGACAUCGAGGAAGUAAUGACCAUGAUAAUAAAAGAGAGUGAAGACAUUCCAAUGCAGUUUCUGAACAUCCUUGUGAACAUCCUCAUAAAUAGUGUUAAGAAGGAAAAUCAGAAUGUUUCACCUCGUUCGUAUGUGCUGGGAGAGAAAGUUCUUCAAGAAAGUGCUGUCAAACUCCAUCCAUAUCUUCCAAAAGCAGUGAAGGCCCUCGACAUUUCCUUUAACAACUAUUCUGAAGUUGUUGAACUGAUAUGGAGAGAGGCAACUAAAAGUAAAGCUAAGGUAAAAAGCUUUCAAUUUUGGAAUGGAUCAUCAACAUCACAGGUAGAAAAUGCUCCCGAAGCUCCUGCACCUGAUUCAGAACGUGGAGAUGCAAAGAAGCAGCAGAAAAGUAGUACUGAUUCAAGGACCCCUGAAAACAUGGGUUUUAUAAAUGCAGCCAAAAAAGAAGUAUAUCCAGAAUUUACUCAAACAUCAAAGAAGAGAGGUUGGAAACCUACUUUUUUGAAUAAACCAGAUGAAGGAUAUGAUGAGGCUUGGUUGAGUGGAGAAAGGGGAUCAAAAGCUCAUAUUCUCUUUAAGGGUCACUGGAAAAAUACUAGAAAGAGAAGUAGUCGUUCACCAAGACUCCAAUAUUAACUACUAAGUAAAUCACAAUACCAUGUCAAUAUUGAUGAACUGUUUGGCAGCUACAAUGUGAUGCCCUCAAAAUUGUAGAGCUAGACAUCGAUUUGUCAGCAAUAUAAAUUUUUAACAUUCUUUUCAUCAGUACAUAAUGCUUUUGUUAAACUAUCCUUUUACUCCAACGAUAUUGUGGGUUUCUCGAUGGAUAUCUUACAAGUGUCAGGGUGAAUUGA